AUGGCGGAGACAUCCCCCCCAAGUCAACCUACCAAGACGAGCCACAACACUGCUGGAAAAGCUUCCGCCGCCGGAACCAAGCGGCGCUCGUUUGACAAGAACGAGACCCUCGAGGACUUUACAGUGUCCACCGACAUGGGCCAGUUUUAUUCCGAUGACGAAAGCUCCGCCGACGACGAGGACGUGGUGGUGCGAACGUUGGGCCAGCAGCCACGCGUGCUUCGCAAACAAAAUUUUCUAUACAGCGACUCGUCCGAUACCGACGACGACGUGCAGGAGACCCGCCACGGCGGCGUCGUUCCGCCAGACGUCAAGGCAUAUGUAGCUGUGUCGCCCCGGGCGAUGACGCCCCCUGCACCCACGCAGGCGUCCGCCGCCGCGGAAAAAAAAUCGAUCCAACCAUCUUCCACGCACGACCAUGGAAGGAGCAACCAAGGGGAUGCCAAAGAAGACAAGAUGUCGGACGAUGAAGGCGUCCGGACGACAGCGACGGGACACGUAUUUUGCAAAGAGGAAGUGGUCGAUGGCCCUGCUGCCAACCAAGAGCAGUGCAAGCAGGCGAGUGACUCGGAUGAACCGACCACGCAGCAGGUGCAGCUGUCGCCGAGACGCACCCGGCGUCGCCCUCCUGUCGUGGAAGACUCGGAUGACGACAUAGUCCCAUCCGCGCGAAAAGGCGACUCCAGCGACUCGGAUGAAGUCUCGAUGACGAAGCAAACCAAUGCGGCGUCAUCGCGACGACCCGUGGUCGCUCGACCGGGCUUUGCCGACUCGGAUGAUUCCGAUGAUGGUUUGACCGCUGACAGCAAGCGGACGGUCUUGGCACAAACUCAUUCCACCCACGCCGAGAAAGCCCAGGAUGAAGAGUCGCUUGAGGACUUUGUGCCUGCAGCAACUCGAUCCGACAGCGAAGCUGGCCCCGCCUCGCCACGGGAAUCUCUUGCGUCUCGUCCUGUGCUUCAAGUGGCACCCAUACCUUCGUCGAAAGCAGCCGCGGAUGGUUUGAGCGACGACGACGUGUUCUUGGACGUGAUCUUAGACGAAAGCGACGUUGAUUCGAAUCCUCCGGCCCAUGCGCCACCCGUCGCGCCAAGUGCAUCGCCAUUGCCAGAUUCGAGUGACAGCCGCCCCGACGUUGUUGCGCCGCCGCCGCCAGUCGUUCAACGGCCGUCCAUUUCCACACGAGAGAUCCCGACGACUCCAGUCGAAUCGACCUUGCCACCUGCCAUGCCAUCGUUGAUGGUGGUCAAUGUUAUGUCGACGCAGCCCGUAGACAACCCCACAUCGAUCAAUCACCCGGCUCGUCACGCCGCGGGUGGCAGGGCCAAAAAGCGCGGUGUGAAGGCCCGCUUGGACCUGCUCGACUCGGGCAGCGAGCACAGCAGCAGUCCGACGGGUCGAAAAGCGACGCAAGCAAGUGCUGCUAAACCACCUGCGAUCGCCGCCAGCGAUGGGGAGCGAUCGAGUGGCGACCAAGAAUUUGUCGUUGCCAAGUCGUCUUCGUUCUGGAGUGACGACGACGACGACGACGAUGACAAGUUUGUAACAUCCUCGUCCACGCAACGCGGUCGCAACUCGUCUCCACCUCUCGCGCCGGUCAAGCCAGCUAUCGCACCAACUCCCCCCGCGUCUGCGACACAGAUGAACGCGAGCGUCCUUGCCGCCAUCGAGGAAGCCAAGCGAGCAGCGAUCGAGAUGCUCCAGACUACCGCCACAUCUACUCCCAUGCCGGCCGCCCUGCUCGUCUCGACGGCCACCGACGUGAACAAGCCCAAAGCCGACAAGACGAGGAAAAAGACGUUGUCCAAACGAUCGACGGCCAAGUCCGCAGCUCGAAUGCAUGUGGUGGCCAGCGACGAAGACAGUUGA